AUGGCUUCGCUCCCAGAUUUUCCACCGUUUAAUGUACACGAGGACUCUAAUGCUGGCCCAAGAUGGAAAAAGUGGCUCACGAGAUUCGAACGGCUACUUUGCGGACUUAACAUCACAGCUGAUAAAAGAAAAACAGCUUUGCUCUUGCACUACGCUGGCCCUGAUGUCGAUGAUAUCUACGAUACUCUGCCGACUAGCAGCAACGAAGACUACAAAACCGUAGUGGAAAAGCUCAACCAGUACUUCUCACCUCAAACUAAUGUGGCUUUCGAAGUUUUUAACUUCCGCCAAGCGAAACAGAAACCCGACGAGUCUCUUGAUUCUUAUCAUACUCGAUUACGCCAUCUUUCUCAAACGUGCGAAUUUAGCGACCCCGCUAAAGAGAUCAAAGACCAUAUUAUUUUGACCUGUACGUCCAACUCUUUACGCCGACGAGCCCUUCGUGACAAUCUUGAUCUACCGAACCUGAUGAAGACCGGCAGAGCCAUCGAACUAAGCGAAAAACAAGCCAGCCAAGUCGAGCAACAAGAAUUCUCAAGCGUCAAUUCAGUUCGUCACGGAAAUAUACAACAGCCAAAUACGGAAGCCACAGGCCCCCCAAGAUCGCGUUUUGAGAACCAACGAUUACGUAAUUUCAGAGGCGCUGAGCAAUCUCGUGCCAGAGAAACCUGUGGAAACUGCGGUGGGACAUACCCGCAUAUCAGAGUUUGCCCAGCAAGAGGCAAGGACUGCAAAUCUUGUGGGAAAAUCGGACAUUUUGCCCGGGUUUGCCGCACCAAACCCCCAUCAUCACAGCAUGUAAAGAAUGUCACCCAUACCCGCCCCCAGUCUCCACCCGAUUCUGACUCCGAACCAGACUAUGCUUUCACAAUCGCAAAUCUCUCUGGAACACCCGCAUCACCAAAGUGCCACGUAAACAUUGCAGGGCACAGCGUAUCCGUCAUGAUAGACUCUGGCGCUUCUGUCAAUAUCCUCGAUGAUGCCACCUUUAACAAAAUUACCCGCAACAAAGGAAUCAGUCUUGAACAAACAAACCACAAAAUUUAUUCCUAUGGAUCACUACGUCCACUACCACUAAAAGGAGUUAUCAAAACCAACAUUUCCACUGAUUCUAAGCACCUUUCUGCCCAAUUCCAUGUAGUUCACGGGAACUCUGGAAAUCUGCUAAGCUACACCACCGCCUGCCAACUCAACUUGCUCAAAGUUACGAUCAACAGCACUACCCAUCACAUACCAUCAACUAAUCAGUAUCCCCCAGAGUUCGAAUGCCUCUUCUCUGGCAUUGGAAAGCUAACUGGUAAAACUGUUAAACUGCACAUUGAUCCUGAUGUUUCCCCCAAACAACAACCCCACCGUCGAAUCCCAUUCCACGUUCGAUCUGAUGUCGAGAAAGAGCUCAAACGGCUUGAAGAGUUAGAUAUCAUCGAAAAGGUUGAUGGACCAACACCAUGGAUCAGUCCCAUUGUGGUCGUCCCGAAAAAGUCGGGCGAAGUCCGAAUAUGUAUUGAUAUGCGUGAGGCCAACCAAGCGGUCAAACGAGAAAAACAUUUGAUGCCCACAAUCGAUGACCUGGUAGCUGAUUUAAAUGGUGCAGCCGUGUUUACAACUUUGGAUCUAUCCUCUGGCUACCAUCAACUUGAACUUGCAGAAGAAAGCCGGCACAUCACCACGUUCAGCACACACCUCGGCCUUCGAAGGUACAAACGACUUCUGUUCGGCAUCAAUGCCGCCUCUGAGAUCUUCCAAAACACCAUUGAAGAGCUGCUGACUGGCCUACCAGGCUGUAAGAACAUAUCCGAUGAUAUAAUCGUUUUUGGCAAAGAUCAAGCCACUCAUGAUGCCAACCUCCGUCAAGUCCUUGAAAGGCUAAAGUCCCACAACCUUCGCUUAAACAAAGAGAAGUGCCACUUUUCGAAAUCGGAAGUAAUGUUCUAUGGUCACAUUUUCAGCGCGGAAGGACUACGCCCCGACCACAAGAAGGUUGAAGCUAUCCAGAAUGCCACACCUCCGCGUAGUUCAAGUGAAGUCAAAUCUCUCCUCGGAAUGGCCCAGUACCUGUCACGCUACAUACCCGGUUAUGCUGAUAUCACAGCUCCUUUGCGUGCCUUGACAAAAGACGACGCAACCUGGAAAUGGGAAGAAAUCGAGCAAGCAGCCCUUGACAAACUCAAGAAAGCUUUCACUGACAACCAAGUCAUGUCAUACUUCGAUCCUCACCAAGCCACAGAAGUGAUUGUUGAUGCAAGCCCUGUUGGUCUUGGUGCACUGCUAGUCCAAAACGACAAAGUUAUCUGCUAUGCCAGCCGCGUCCUGUCUGAUGUCGAAACUAGAUACUCUCAGACUGAGAAAGAAAUGCUCGCAGUAGUUUGGGCCGUUGAGCACUUCCACCUUUACCUAUAUGGUGCUCAAUUUACCAUCAUAACCGAUCAUCAGCCCCUCAUUGGUAUCUUUCGCAGUCAUAAAGCCACCUCCGCGCGAAUUGAUCGCUGGAAGCUUCGUUUAAUGCCUUACAACUAUCAUCUUGUCUACAAACCUGGUAAAGAUGAGAAAAACCCAGCUGACUUCCUUAGCCGACACCCAAACUGCUCAGAGCCCCAACCGGAAAGCGUUGCUGAAGAAUACGUUAACUAUGUAAUUGCCAAUGCCGUGCCCACCGCCAUGACCCUUCAAGAAAUCCAGCUUGAAACAUCAGUUGAUGACACAAUGCAAAUGGUCAUUCAAGCCAUCGAAACCAACAAUUGGUCGGAUCCGUCCACGACAGAAUACAAGAAAGUGAGUGACGAACUGUCAGUACAUAAAGGAAUUAUACUUCGUGGACACCGAAUCGUAAUGCCCACCUCCUUAAGACGCCGGACAAUCCAUCUCGCACACAUUGGUCAUCAAGGAAUCAUUAAAACCAAACGCCUACUCCGCUCGAAAGUCUGGUUUCCUAACAUCGACAAGAUGGUCGAAGAAACCAUUCAGAAUUGCCUCCCCUGCCAGGCUGCUACUUCGGGCAACCACCCUCCACCUGAGCCACUCAAGAUGACCCAGCUGCCAUCCGCACCUUGGAAAGAAGUUGCAAUGGAUUUCCUGGGCCCUUUUCCAACCGGCGAAUACCUCCUAGUCGUAAUCGAUGCGUUUAGUCGGUUCCCCGAAGUUGAAGUACUCACCACGGUUUCCGCAAAAGCUGUCCUUCCAAAGUUGGAUGCAAUAUUUUCACGACAAGGCCUUCCAGAAGUUCUGAAAAGCGACAAUGGCCCACCAUUUAACGGUGCCGAGUUUGAGUCAUACGCCAAGCACUGCGGUUUUACUCACCGCAAGAUCACGCCAUACUGGCCUCAAGCAAAUGGAGAGGCCGAGCGUUUUAUGCGCACACUACAGAAAUGUAUUCGGGCUGCAAUCAUCGAGAAGAAAAACUGGAAGCAAGCGAUGAACCAGUUUCUCCUCAACUACAGGGCAACCCCCCAUUCCACUACUAACAUAUCCCCCUCCGAAAGCCUCAACAACAGGAAGAUAAAGACAAUGUUACCGGAGAUGCCCUCUAGUUCAAAACCAGAACAGACAGCAAUGGCUGAAUAUGAUGCUCGGAAGAAAGAACAAAUGAAAUCUUGCGCAGACAACCGUCGGGGUGCCAAAGAAAGUUGCAUCAAACCAGGUGACACCGUCCUUCUGAAACAGCCGAAGGAAAACAAAUUCAGUGCUCCAUACAACCCUCAACCUUUUGUCGUAGAAAAGAAAAAGGGAACAAUGGUCACUGCCAAGAACGAUUCAAAGGUUGUCAAAGGUGAUCUCAACCAAGUCAGCCAAACACGAUUAAAAGGAAGUUGA